AUGAUUCGUAGCAAAGUUGUGCGCUUGAUCAGCCAGUUGAAAGUUGACAGGUCAGUUCUACAUUGGGCAGAACGCAGUCCCACUUCUGUGACCCUGAGGGAUCUUUGCCAGAUUGGACUGGAUCGCAGACGGCGGCGGGAGCACGGAGUGUUUUUGCACCGUGAGCUUCGGAUUCGUCUUGCGCAAAGGGUCUUGGAACUGGAGUCCCUGCCGUACCGGCUUGGUGAGCAAAGUGGCAUCCGAGAUGUCAUUGAAUGGUAUACUGGCUUCGUCCAUCUGCUGGAGGAUUCACCUGUUCCUCACACAGACGAGCAGGACGAAGACUUUACUCAUUUGCUCAGCAAGAUUUUCGAAGAGCAUUCUGAAGUGAUUCAGGCGAUGGCCUUUGGAGUACAAGACCUGAUUGCGGAGCUGCAAGAGGACUACAGCCUUGUGCAAGCUGAAGUGGAUGGCAUUCUGCGCCGCUUCUUUACUGCGCGCAUUGGAAUGCGGUUUCUCCUGCAGCAUCACAUCGAAUCCUUCAGGAAUCGGGAUGGACAUAGCGGCAUACUUCAAAUAGCAUGCGAUCCUGAAGUGAUUGCCCAGAAGGCAGCGAAAGACAGCAGUAUGCUUUGCAGGGCCCAUUUGGGCCAAGCGCCACACAUCGCGAUUCACCACACCAAUCCUGGCACUUUUACAUAUGUUCCUAUGCACCUCCACUACAUGCUGACAGAGGUCUUCAAAAACUCCUGCCGGGCAGUCGUGGAACGGCAUGCGGAUGGUUUUGACGAUCCGUUACCAUUUGUUCAUUGCCACAUCGUGCAUGGAUACGAGGAUGUGACGAUACGUAUCAGUGAUGAAGGUGGUGGCAUCGCGAGAGCAGCUUUGCCAAACAUUUGGAAGUUCAUGUACACAACCUCCAAAAAGACGCCCUGGUCUGGUCGAAGGGAUGACUUUCGAACCAAGCCGGGCGAUUCAGCCUGCAAUCCACUGCAGCGUCCAAAGCAAGGCGGCGUUCUUGCAGGGUUUGGAGUGGGGCUAACUUUGAGCCGCCUAUAUGCGCAAUACUUCGGAGGGGACUUGAAGAUCAUGUCCCUUGAUGGCUUUGGCACUGACGUGUACCUGCAUUUGAAUCGUCUUGGCACAGCCUGUGAAGACUUGCCCCAGGGCGUGCUGUACAGCCCAUCCAUGCGCGACUCUUCCGCCUUAGAAGAAGUUCCGCAGGAGCAGCUUCUCAUUUCUGCUGAUGAGGAGGCUUUUCUGCGGAGAGAGCGCUGCACUGAGGAAUUCAACCAGUUGGAGGGACAGGCCAGCAGCGACUUCUAUUACAUGGAAGAUCACCCAAUCGCAUCGCCAGACCAUGAAACGCAGACCAUGAAAUGA